AUGCGUCGCCGCACUAAUAAACAGCAACUCCCCGCUUCAUCGUUUUCACCCUUCUUGAACUUUUCUUCAAGGUCCAACUCCCCCUCAGUUCUGCUCAACCGGACAGUCCCAUUAAAAAUGGCCUUCAUCACCAGGCUUGUCAGCAUCACGAACUUUGCCGUUGCCACUACAGCGCUGUGUUUCCAGGUGACCGUUUUAUAUCCGUGGCAUAAGCAGCUCGACGAGGACUUUGAGGCGCUCAAGACAGAACACCUGAAGGUACUGGAUGCCAUCAACAAGCUGACGGGGAGUCAACUUAAACCCGUUGAACCCGCCCAUCCUCGAAAGGGAUCCAGUCUGUGGGAGAAGAUCUCAGGCCGAUAA